AGAAACAAAUCGAUAAUAAAGGGUUUCACAGGCUGAACGUUUUCAAUUUUUUUUUAAAACAUAGAUUAAAUUAUCAGUUUGGAUUUUUCAUUAUAUGGCGUCUUACCAAAGACGACGUCAAGGAGAACGAGGAGAAGAUUAUCCAAAAAAAGGUCGACCUCCACCAGGUCUUAAAGGAAGAGAAAUUGGCCUCUGGUACAGAGAUAGACAAAAGCAGCGUAACAAGGAGCUGGAGCAUGAAAAUCGUGAAAGCGUCAAUAUGAAUCAUGCAAAUGAAAAACGUUUAAAUGAAUUGCUGACAAAUAUUAAAUCCAGUGGGUUUGAGGAUGAGAAAUCAGCUGCCGAAUUGUUUGAAGGAAGUAUUCCCACCUCUGCUGGACCAGCUGGUCUAUCAGGAGGUAUGAUUUUAAAAGAUGAAGUUAAAGAGUCUUGGGAAGAUGAAGAUUCAAGCGAAGAAGAAUCAAAUAAUGAAGAUGAUUUUGAGUUUGAGGAGACAGAUAUUGUUUUCUUAGAUAAGGAAGAUACAGCGAAAUUUACAGAAUACGCCCACUUACAACCAGAUAAAAGUAAAAGUGAACCAUUUGAAGCAAAUACCGAUCAAGACUUCGAAUCUAAUAUUUAUGACGAAUUUCAAAGUAAAAAAAGUUCAAAGGAAUAUAAAGAAAAGCUAAAAUUUAGACAAAAAUUGCCUGCUUUUGAGAGAAGAGAAGAAAUUAUGGAAAAAAUCAAAAGUAACCAAGUUUUACUUAUAUCUGGAGAUACAGGAUGCGGUAAAACUACCCAAGUACCUCAAUUUAUUCUUGACGAUGCCAUUGAAAGACAAUGUUCUUCAUCUUGUUAUAUAGUUUGCACGCAACCUAGACGAAUCAGUGCUAUAUCCAUAGCGGAGAGAGUUGCCCAAGAACGAGCCGAAAAAGUUGGAAAAAGUGUUGGCUUUCAAGUUCGACUGGAACGAACUGAGUCAAGAAAACAAGCAUCGAUUCUUUAUUGUACAACAGGAAUUAUACUUCAGUGGCUGGCAAGCGAUAGAAAUCUCAACAAAGUAUCUCAUAUUAUCGUUGACGAAAUUCACGAAAGAGAUAUGCUAACCGACUUUUUGAUGAUUGUACUAAGAGAUUUGUUGGAAAUUCGAUCAGAUUUGAAGAUUAUCUUAAUGAGUGCCACGGCCAAUGCCGACGAAUUAUCAGCUUAUUGGUACAAUUGUCCUAUUUAUUUUAUACCGGGUAGAGUGUUUCCAGUUCGCGAAUAUUUUCUUGAAGAUAUUAUUGAGAUGCUAAGAUACGAGGCAGAAAGUAGUUUUGGUCCAAGGUCUAGGUUCAAGCAGAGCGAGUUCAUAAAAUACGAACAGUGGCUCAGAUCGUUACCUCAUAAAAAAUAUUCCUCUCUUACUAUUGAAUCAUUAAGAAGAGCAAAUUUCUCAAGAAUAGAUAUACCUCUAAUAACGAAACUUAUUGAAUAUGUAUGCCGAAAUUACGGGGACGGAGCUAUAUUAGUUUUUCUACCAGGAUUAGGAGAAAUUAGCGACCUAAAUAGAGCUUUAUCUAAUUCACCAGUUUUAAGAUGCAUGAAAACACUUAUUAUACCCCUACAUUCUCUAAUGCCAACGGUUAAUCAGCGUGAAGUAUUCGAAAAAACAGCUGGAGGCCUCAGAAAGAUUAUUUUAGCAACGAAUAUUGCCGAAACGUCUAUUACAAUUGAUGAUGUUGUCUAUGUAAUUGAUUGCGGAAAGCGUAAACUAAAGAAAGUGGACUUGGCAUUAAACGUUGCAAAAUUAGAAUUAGACUGGGUAAGCAAAGCGUCGGCCACUCAGAGGAAAGGAAGAGCGGGUCGUUGUCAACCGGGCGUUUGUUUCCAUCUAAUUAGUGGAUUUCAAUACGAACGACUGAGCGAAUUUGACUUACCGGAAAUUUUACGAACGUGUCUCGAGGAAGUCUGCUUGCAUGUCAAAUUACUGAAGUUAGGCAAAAUAGUUCCGUUUUUGACAAAGGGAAUAUCGAGGCCGGAAGAAAAAGCUCUUGAGAACGCGUUAAAAACUCUCGUUCAAAUUCAUGCCUUAAACGCCGAUAAUGAAGAACUUACGGCACUUGGUUGGCAUAUUGCAAGAAUGCCUGUUGAUCCCCACUGUGCCAAAAUGUUAAUAUUCGCUGGUUUAUUCUCUUGUGUUGACCCUAUUUUGACUAUAGCAGCUGCUUUGUCCUACAAAGAUGCAUUUUAUUUUCCCCUUUCAAAGGAGCAAGAAGUUAGAAAAUGUAAAAGAAUUUUAGAUGGUGAUUCUCAAAGUGAUCACCUUUUGUUAGCCAGAGCGUUUAGCGGCUGGGAAAAAGCUUGUUCUAACGGUGCUGCGGCCGGAAAUGCGUAUUGUGACGAGAAUUUUCUUUCUAAAUCUGUUUUAAAAUUAUUAUCAGGAAUGAGACGUCAAUUAGCAAGUCUCCUCAGGGAUAUGGGCUUUGUUUCUUCUAGUGAUCCUUAUCAUGGUGCAUCAAAUUACAAUUCUUCUAAUGAAAAACUUGUUAGGGCCGUGCUGAGUGCUGGCCUAUACCCAAAUGUUGUAAAGAUCCGUUAUAAGGAUGGGAAACCCAAACCGCAUUGUCCUCGAUAUGUUAUAGAAAGCGAGUCGGGAGGGAAGAAAAUACAUAUUCACAAGAGCUCAGUAAAUUUUUUGAGAGAUAUUUUCUCCUCUUCAUGGCUUGUUUAUCACUUAAAAAUGGCAACUGAUAAAUUAUAUAUUUUCAAUUCUACACCAGUUAGUCCUUAUUCUCUGUUCUUUUUCGGAGGUCAAAUUCAAUUUAGAAGGGAAAGAGAUCAGGAUUGUAUAGUUGUUGAUGAUUGGAUUGUCUUCCGGUGCUCUCAGAAAAUUGCCAAUUUAAUAGGGGAAUUAAGAAACGAACUAGAUUCGUUACUGGACUAUAAAAUAUCUAAACCAUCGCCAACUAACUGGGACCGGCAAUCAAAAGAAGGAGCUCUUAUGAGAGCAAUAAUUGAUUUAAUAAUCACGGAAGAGGCUUCUGUUCCAAAAAAUGUUUUAAAGAAAUAG